UUUAGCUCUUGGUCCAACCUGUCAUCCAAUCCGAAACCGACCCACGCACUCCCUCCCUAUAAAUAGCUCACAGCACUAAUUUUUUAUUUUCAUUCUUGCAUUCAGAACUUGGCUCCGAGUUUGCUCUCUUCUUUCUCAGUAAUCAUUCGAGUUAUCGUCGAGCAAAGUACAUGGUUGAUCUAGAAGUCCAGAUUCCUACUGCUUUUGAUCCAUUCGUUGAGGCCAAGGAUACAGGUGCUCCUGGGGCGAGAGAGUAUGUUCAUAUCCGCAUUCAGCAAAGGAAUGGAAAGAAGAAACUGACGACAGUUCAAGGGCUACCCAAAGAAUUCAGCUACGAGAAGAUCCUCAAGGCUUUGAAGAAGGAAUUCUGUUGUAAUGGGAAUGUUGUACAUGACAAAGAGCUUGGCGAGGUAAUCCAGCUCCAAGGAGAUCAACGAAAAAACGUUCAGAGUUUCCUUAUUAACGCUGACCUUGUGAAGAAGGAACAUAUCAAGAUACACGGUUUUUAGAUCUUCUGUGGCUUUAUGAUCUCAGCUGCUAUUGAUGUAUGUGUAUGGUCUAGGGACCCCUAAAAGGUAUUUAUAAUUUGUUACUAUUGAGUUGGCUUGAACUUGCUUUCUCUUUUCAGCUUCUUGUACUUUAAUCUUUAAAUAAUGGGAACUGCAGCGAGAUGUAAUUCUGAAC